AUGGGUUCGACGGGUAAAAAACAUAAAAGUGAAAAAAAAAAGAAAAGAAGUAAAUCUCCGGAAAGACGUGAAAAACAUCGGACUCAUAAGCGGCAUCACAGGGAUAGAAAAAGAAAAACUGAAUAUAUUGAAACAGAGGAUUUAGUUUCCUCGUCUUCCAACAGUGAAGUGGAAGAAAUACAUGCGCCACCACCUCCGAAAAUAUCCAAGUUAUCAGGUUUGAUGUCUCCUAGUUCCAAGCCCUCUAAAGAUCUUGCUCCUCCACCUCCUGUCAUAUCGGACACAGUGUCAGAUGGAAAAUCUCAUGAAUCUUUGUCCAUUGAAGAAACAAAUAAAAUAAGAGCUAAACUCGGUUUGAAACCAUUAAAAGUAUCAACAAAUGAUGAAAAUCAAAGUGGAAAUGAAAAAGAUAGUUCAUUGCAAUCUGAAAAUGAAUUUGUUCAUAAACCAGCCACUAAUUUUGCAGACAAAAUCAAAGGAGAAAAAAUUAAAGAAAGAUUAUCGGAAAGGAAAGAAAAAAGAGAAAUUGAAAAGAAACUCAAAGCUUUUAAAGGGCUAGGAGAUGAAAGCGAAAGUGAUGAAGAUGUAAAAAGUUGGGUGAAGAAAUCGAGGCAAAAAGAAUUGGAAAGAAAACAAGCAGAAGCUAGAGAAAAACUGCUGGAUGAACUUGAUGAAGAAUUUGGUGUCGGUUCUUUAGUCGAAGAAGAAAAAAAGGAUUUUCACAAAAAUGCUUACACAGCUAAAGACUUAAAAGGUCUCAAAGUUGGUCACUCCCUUUUAGGGUUUCGAGAUGAAAGUUCUUUAAUAUUGACACUAAAAGACCAAGAAGUUUUAGGAGAAGGAGAUGAUGUGCUAGUAAAUGUUAAUAUGAUUGAAAAUGAAAGGUACAAGAAAAAUAUUGAAAUUAAAAGAAAAUCAACCAAAUACGAUGAUAUGGACAAUUUUGAUGAUCCUUUAGUUGAAAAAUCAGUUUUAUCAAAAUACGACGAAGAAAUUGAUGGUCCUAAAACGGAGGAAGGCUUUCGCUUAGGUGAAGAGGAUUCUCAAUUGGAAAAAGUUAAAAGGAAGUUGGCUUUGCAAAUAAAUUGUUGGAAAGGGGACCCACCAAGAAUUAAAUCAAAAUUUAGAAACAAAAUAAAGUGCGAGCGAAAUCGAGCCAAAAAAUUAAGGAAAAAACCGAAAAUGUUAAAAGCUGAAGAUUUGCUACCUCAACAAGAAAUGACUUGGCCCUCGGAGGAUUUAGGAUCUAGGAGACUUAAAAAUUCUGUUCCUCCGGAAAAAAUUUCCGCCGCCGUGGAAAACACGAUAAAAAAAGAAUUGAUCGAAGAUGUCAUGGAUGUCGAUGAUUUACCUCCGCCAGUGGAUGAUCUUUCAGAUAUAAAACUUGAAGCCGAUGAAGGAGAAUUAGAACUUCAGCUGGCAUUGAACAAAGCAAGAAAAUUAAAAUUAAAAGAUAGGCAAAAUAAUUCUGCGGAUACCAUCGCAAAAGAAAUUAUCAACACUUCGACGAGUCAUAAUAAUGACGGUCCGGGAGGAACAAUCAUUUUAAAUUCAACCGCUGAGUUUUGUCGAACACUCGGAGAUAUUCCCACUUACGGUUUGUCGGGAAACAGGGAAGAAGACGAACAAGAAUUGUUGGAUUUUGAACGAGAAAUAAAAGAAGAGAAAAAAAAACUCACGGAUGAUAAAAAAAAUGUCGGCGCGUGGAACGAAGUGGAAUUAGAUGAACAUUCCGCGGAUUUACUACCGAAGGAAGUUUCAAUUUUGGACGCGGAACCCGACGUUGGUUCGGGUGUGGCCGGAGCUCUUCGUCUUGCCCUUAGCAAAGGGUAUUUAGAAAAAGAAACGGAAAAUCGACCUUCGGCUUCCAGAUUUGCUCACCUUCAGGCUCAAAACUAUUCGAUAGAAGAUAAAUCUCACGGGGAUGAUGAUAAAUUUGGAAGGAGAGAUCGGUACAUAGGUCCGACGACGGAUUUUAAAGAAAAAGACAAUUACAAGCCGAAUGUAAAACUUGAUUACAUUGAUGACGAGGGACACAUUUUAAAUGCUAAAGAAGCUUUCAGGUAUCUGUCUCAUAAAUUUCACGGCAAAGGCCCUGGAAAAAAUAAAGUGGAAAAGAGAAUGAAGAAAAACGAACAAGAAGGGUUAAUGAAACAAAUGAGUUCGACCGAUACGCCUUUACGAACUCUUACAAUGUUACAACAAAAACAAAAAGAAACUCAGUCUCCGGAUAAGGUAUAA